AUGUGGUCUGCAGCCUGCCAAAAAUCAUUCGACCGGUUCCGAGAGAUUCUCCAGUCCCCACUACUUUUGACGCACUACAACCCGAAGCUUAAAAUUCUUGUGUCAGCCGAUGCAUCGAUGCUUGGCCUGGGGGCCCGAAUUGCGCAUAUAUUCCCAGAUGGAACCGUGCGCGCUAUUUGUCAUGUGUCGCGCAGCUUAACAGCAGCUGAAAGUAAAUACAGCCAAAUUGAGAAGGAAGGGUUAGCACUGAUUUUUGCGGUAACCAAGUUCCACCGAAUGCUUUUCGGUCGGCAUUUUAUUCUGGAAACCGACCACAAGCCGCUCCUCACAAUUUUUGGAUCCAAAAAGGGAAUUCCCAUUUAUACAGCAAACAGACUACAGAGAUGGGCGCUUACUCUUUUGCUGUAUGACUUUGAUAUCCGUCACGUGUCUACAGAAAACUUCGGACAUGCCGAUAUUCUGUCUUGCUUGAUAAACAGAAACAUUCAACCGCAAGAGGAGUUCGUUAUUGCAACCAUGGAACUGGAGCAGCUGGUCAAAAAUGUUGCCAGUGAAGCGCUCACGGCUCUCCCGCUCUCGUUUCAGCAAAUUGUCGCUGCGACUGCAGCCGAUGAUAGUUUACGCCAAGUGAUUCAGUUUAUCAAGAAUGGAUGGCCGUCAAAGAAAAUUGAAAGUGCAGAUUCGCAACUUCUACAGUUUUAUCAGCGCCGUGAUGCUCUUUCUGUCGUAGAAGGGUGCAUUAUGUAUGGCGAACGAGUGGUCGUUCCACAGGUUUUUCGGAAACAAGUGCUUCGGCAGCUACAUAAGGGGCACCCAGGUGUAGAGCGGAUGCGAUCGAUUGCCCGUCAAUAUGUAUAUUGGCCCAAUAUCGAUAGUGAUGUCAUCAGAGCCGUCAGUGUUUGUACCGAUUGUGCUAGCGUGGCGAAAACCGAUCGUAAGACGAAUUUAUCAUCUUGGCUGGCACCGGAGAAACCAUGGCAACGAGUUCACCUGGACUAUGCUGGUUCCAUGGCAGGACAGUACUAUCUAAUUUUGGUCGAUGCAUUUUCUAAGUGGCCUGAAGUAAUUCGAACGAAGGAUAUCACCACUUGCUUCGUGGUAUUUUUGCGAGGUUCGGAGCACCAGAAACGUUAG